AAGUCACCCUAAAAUACAUAAAAAAUUUUUCAAUUAGUACUCAUCAGUGGUUGAAUACAAUAGCCGUAUUGAAGCAACGUUUUAGAACAGAAAAUAAUGGUCAAGUACUGCUUCAAUGCAUAAUAAGAAUAGUCAAGCAAUGCACAAAUAGAAAAUAGUGUUAUCGAGCAAUGCUUUAAUAUAAAAGAAAAGUGGUCAAGCGAUGCUGUAGAAACAGGAAAACACGGUGAAGCAAUGCAGUGAAAGAUGAUGACUAUAGUCAAGCAGUGCUUGAAAAUUGAGUAUUUAGUUAAAGAUAGUUUCCUGGACGUAUACACGCUUUUUUACUAAUAGUGUGAGACAGUCAGAUUGUUUUGUAUUUCUAUUGUAAUAUUCUUUUAGAUGGACAAAAAAACAUUCGAUCUAUUAUUUCAUCCUCAUUUUAAUGCUAAUAAAAAUAAUGAAUUUAUUGAUUGGGCGCGUAGCGCAUAUAUGAAAAGUUAUUCAAAUACUUAUGAAGGCGUACAUUGGACACUCCGAAAAGGAAUUGCUGAUUGGCUAGAAGGAGUGGUUCUUACCCCUUCAAAACCAGCUUGUGAUUAUCCAUCGACCGGGUCAUACAAAUACCAGACUCAUGAUAUCGUUUUAGAUGAUUAUAUAAUCCUGUUGAAAAAUGAUGAAGAAAUACAUCAUUUAAUUGACGCCGAUUUUGAUUAUGUCAAAAAGCAUGAUGAAUUUUUAUUGACAAGAAAAUUUUUCGAAUUAUUGAAAACUCAAAAAAUUGGUAUAGCUGAUGAAAGAGUCAAUUAUUGGAAAUGCUUACUCGAUGAUAAAGUAUGGCCGUACAAUUCAGCAUUCAAUGGACAAUUUCCACCAUCAUCAAGGAAACCACCAAAAAAUCAACUUCCGGCAGUUAUAAUGCCGGUCGCAAUGCCUGCCAUUGCCCUCACUAAUGGACGAAUAUUUAAAGAAAAAAAUGAGAUGGAUAUUUCAAAUGAUUUAAAUCAAACUAACGAUGAUGAAUCAAAUGAUCAAGAUAAACCAAUGUCAAAUAAUGAAAAAUUCCAAUUAAGCCGUGCAAUUACAAGUAUACCCAAUGAAAUGUUAAAUGAUGUUGUAAAAUUACUUCGCAAAAUUGAGCCGUCGUUAAUCGAUUCGAAUUCAAACGAAAUUGAUAUUGAUUUUGAGCGAUUAAAGCCGUCAACAUUGAGAGUUUUAGAAUCACACGUCAAUUUGAUUUUAAAAAAAAAUGAAAAAAAGCAAUUGUCGUCAGAAGUUCAACUAUCAACAAUAGAGACAAUUGACAAAUCCAAAAACAUUUUGACAAACAGUCAAAAAAUUGUUAACAAAACGGAUAUAAAUGCUUCAACAACAUUGACUCCACCACGUUCAUCAGCAUUCGAAUUGGCACAGAAAUCAAAUAGUGUUCUUCGAGAUGAUUUAAAUAAAAGGUAUUAUUUACAACGAUUUCGUUGA